UGCGCCGAGGAGCCACAAGCAAUAGUCACGAGCUUCGUGCUCUGUUAUUCCUCACCUUCGUUUCUCCCUACUUGCCAAGGAAACCAAAACCUAUCUGGAUUCAAAAAGAGGAAACUUUCCUUCGCAAAUCACCCAAUUCGGACAACCCCAUAGUAUAAUUUCUUGAAUUUCCUCGAGAAAUGGCAUCUGGGAUAGCAUCCAUGGACUGGGUUCGAGGAGAAACUAUCGGAUACGGGACCUUCGCCACCGUGAGCUUAGCGACGCCGGCGAGUAAAUAUUCCGGCCAAUUCCCACCACUGAUGGCCGUGAAAUCCGCAGACUUUUACGGAGCCGCAUCUCUGGCGAACGAGAAAUCGGUGCUGGAUCAGCUCGGUCACUGCCCUGAGAUCGUACGGUGCUUGGGACACGAUCAGACGGUCGAGAACGGCCAGGAGAUGUAUAACCUGUUCUUGGAGUACGCUUCGAGAGGAAACUUGGCGACCCACGUCAAGAAAUCCGGCGGAAAUGGACUACCGGAAUCCGCUGUGCGCGGCCACACCCUAUCGGUGCUCCGGGGACUCCGUCAUAUCCACGCCGGUGGCUUCGCUCACUGCGACAUAAAGCUCGGGAAUAUUCUGAUUUUCGAUGACGGCGCCGUUAAGAUCGCUGAUUUCGGGCUGGCGAAGAGAACGGGAGUUGUAGACGGAGAGGAGACUGCGUCAGAAGGGUUGCAGAUCAGGGGAACGCCGUUGUAUAUGGCGCCGGAGUCGGUGAACAACAAUGAGUACGGAUCACAAGCGGACGUGUGGGCGCUCGGAUGCGCCGUAGUUGAGAUGUUCAGCGGCAAAACGGCAUGGAGUUUCAAGGAAGGCUCGAACUUCAUGGCAUUGUUGAUGCGCAUCGGUGUCGGAGACGAACUUCCGAGGAUUCCCGGAGAUUUAUCGGAAGAAGGAAGAGAUUUCUUGUCGAAGUGCUUCGUUAAAGAUCCCAAGAGGAGAUGGACGGCUGAGAUGCUUUUGAGCCACCCAUUCGUAGCCGUCGAUCUUGGCCACGAUGAUCAUCAUCAACGAGAAGAAUUCGUCGUUGGAUUGAAGAAAGAGAAAAUUUCGGCGUCACCCAAAGGGCCAUUCGAUUUUCCCGAUUGGGUUUCAGAAUCGUUGGAUUCACAGACGCAAUACCAGCCGUUCGAUUCGCCGGACGAGAGAAUCGGCAAUCUGGCAAAUGACAGCUUCCCCGAUUGGUCUGUCACGGACAAUUGGGUCACCGUCCGGUGAUUAGAGUUGGAUAAAACGUGGGAAAACAGAGUCGCGUAUUAGAGUUGUUUCCCUGUUUUUCACAGAUUUUUUUCAUGUCUUAAUUCCAGUUAGGGUCAGUCGAAUCCAACGGUUAUAAUUUAUUCCGUUGGAUAACCAUUUUGUUGAUGUAAAUAAUCAAAUUAAUCUUUGUUAUUGGAGAUUUGUAUGAAAACUCGAUUCGCGUAAUUAUUAUUUCUGCAUGGA